CAGUCCUCUUUUAAGUUUUCCGUUUAGGUGACGAGAUCAAGGAAAGGAGAAACAGAAGCAUGGACGACAAGGGCGAUGGAGAUAAGAUCGAUGAUGUUAUGUUGCCUGGUUUUCGAUUUCAUCCCACGGAUGAGGAGCUUGUUGGAUUCUAUCUGAAGCGAAAGAUUCAGCAGAGAUCACUUCCCAUUGAACUGAUUAAGCAAGUGGAUAUCUACAAAUAUGAUCCAUGGGAUCUUCCAAAGCUGGCAUCAAGUGGGGAGAAGGAGUGGUACUUCUACUGCCCAAGAGAUCGGAAAUAUAGGAAUAGUGCUCGGCCCAACCGUGUCACAGGAGCUGGAUUUUGGAAAGCCACAGGGACUGAUAGGCCAAUAUACUCUUCGGAUGGCACCAAAUGCAUCGGCUUGAAAAAGUCCCUAGUCUUCUACAGGGGCAGAGCUGCCAAAGGAAUAAAAACUGAUUGGAUGAUGCAUGAGUUUCGACUUCCUACUACUUCGGAAUCAGCACCGCCCAAGAAGCUCGCAGACAAAAACCUUUCUCUGCAUGACUCAUGGGCCAUUUGCAGGAUAUUCAAGAAAACUAGCUCGCUCGCUCAUAGAGCUCUUUCUCACACCUGGAUGGCCCCAGUAUCUGAAACAUCCCCAGACAUUUUCCCACAAGGUGCACAAUAUGCUCAGUAUGGUUCAGAGAAUUUAUCUUGUGCUACAGAAAGUGGAUCAACCAUGCAGCUCUACACUAACAAUGACUUACAAUCGGCUUCUACCGCCAUAUUCUCUGCCCUAAACAUCCCUUCGUGCAAACCCCUAAAUGGACUGCUUUCUAAACCAUCUUUUUUGGCUGGUCCAAAUGGGGAUAUCCCCUGUAACUUUAUGUUUCCACCUUCGGAAAUAUCAGGACCACCAAACAAGUGUUCGCUUGAUGUUCCUUCAAUGCUUUUCAACCUUUCCCCUACAUUCCUGGGGGAUGUCAAUAAGACCUCAGAAAGCAUCGAAUUUGAAGGAUCUCAACACCAUUUCAACAGCUUUUCUAUGAACCCAUCACCAGAUAUGCAAGAAGGUAUAAGCAUUGAAAACGAUGAAGGAGGGCUCAGAAAAGAUCCAAGGGACGGUGAUGCAAGUAAUCAAUGGGAAAACAUGAGAGCAAUUGGUUUCCCUUUCAGUUUGCCUUCAACUCUACCUGAUGUAUGGAAGCCUAAUCUGCCAUGGGACUCUCCAAACUGUCCUAGUGAAAUAUCCACUACCUACUCCGCAAACAAGUGUUAUACAUAAUCCUGCCUUGUUGAUAAAGAGAAACUAUUUUACCUUAUAAUGUAUUAAUCCAAUCCCCUACCAUAGAAAAUUUUUUCUUUUCCCUUUCUUGUAAUUAUGUCUGUAUUCCAAACUACUGUACAGGC